AUGAGUCAAACCAGCAGCCAUUUCUGUGAUCUCGAUCUUGAGGAUCACCAUGAUGAUGACAGAAAAGUAGAGGUGGUUGUAGAAGGAAGCAAAGAGGAUUUGGAGAAGCAGAAGCCUGUUCCCAUUUCAUCCAACAGUAAACCUGAACAACCACUACCACCCAAGGCUGCACACCGACUCUUCACCGUGUGCUUGGCUCUAAAUGUGAUCGGUUUGGUCCUUGGAGCCACUGGGCAUUUCCCCUAUGCAAGGCACAAGGCCGCACUCUUCGCCAUUGGGAACAUACUGGCUUUGAUUCUUUGCCGGACCGAGGCCUUUCUGCGUGUGGUUUUCUGGCUAGCUGUGAAGCUAUUAGGGAGAUCAUGGGUACCUAUACCGUUCAGGACUGCCACCACAUCCUUCCUCCAAUGUCUUGGUGGAAUUCACAGCAGUUGUAGUGUAUCUUCGGUGGCCUGGCUCGUAUACGCUCUUGUGCUCACUCUUAAAGACAGAGAAAACACAUCACCGGAGAUCAUAGGCGUGGCUUCCACCAUCCUUGCUCUUCUUCGCCUUUCAUGCUUGGCUGCAUUCCCCCUUGUCUGCCAUCUCCACCAUAACGUCUUCGAAAGGAUCCAUCGCUUUGUCGGUUGGACAGCCCUCGGUCUCAACUGGGCCUUUGUCAUCCUCACCUUCUCCUACCAACCAGAAUCUAAAAUCUACAAUGUACGCAGCUCCAGAUUGGUAUGA